AUGCCACAUUUGUCUACAAUGCGACAAACAACAAAUGUUACUGCAGAUUGUCCAUUACUAAAAGUUGAUACUUAUGGCGAUGCACUACUUCGUACAUUAUACUCUUUUAAACCACCUUCAUCUCCAAUGUCAUUAUAUGCUUGUCAGCAACAUCGUCGUUCCUAUCCUCAGUCAACAACGGUGUCACAAUCGAUUGUAAAUGAAUUAGUGAACGGCUCUUCAGAUAAUCAACAAUCAUUAGCUGAUCCUUCUUCGUUAUCCUCUUCGUCAUCAUCAUUAUUCAGUUCAACAUCAUCGUCUUCAUCAAAUAAUACGAGUGCAAAUUAUUUUACACUCGAAGCACAUUUACCAUUAGUUAAAAAUAAAGUUGAAAAAUUAGAAAAAUUUCAAAGAUUACUUUCUCGUUUGGAUAACGCUUAUAAUUCUAAUACAAAUAAUAAUAAUAAUAAUAAUCAAAAUAUGUCAACAUCAGCUUUACCACCACCUUCACCAAUACAUAUUACUGAUCGUUAUGUAUUUCGUUCACCUUCAAAUGAUAAGCGAGUUUCGAGAAUAUCACCAACAACAACAACAGGAACAAGAAAAAAUAAAUUAAGUAAUAAUCCAAAAUCAUCAUCAUCAUCAACACCACCAUCAGCAAGAAAACGUUAUAAAUUUUCAUCGGUUACAACUGAUCAAAAUAAUAAUAAUGUUUAUAAAUUUCCUAAUGAACAAACAGAACUACGAUCACAUUCAACAGAUUCUGAUCGAUAUUAUUUUCCUUCAACUGAUCCAACUAAACAACCACAACAAACAUUAACAUAUAUUCGUUCUGGUAAUGGAUUAGAACCACAUACAAUUACUUUUAUUGAAGGAAAAUCAUCAAAGAUUGAUAAAACUUCACUACCGACGUCAAAGUCAACACAACCAACAACUAUCAUACCUGAUACACCUUAUCUGUUUUCAAAGACAAAAGAACCACAUCCACAUUCAACUUUAACAUCAUUAGUUAACCCAGAAGAUGCAUGGAUAAAACAACGUCAACAACCACAAAUUAUCUUUGAUAGUACAACUGAUUUAUCACCAAGUUCACAAUUAAAACGUCCACGUACAUCAAGUACAAGUCCUGAACAUCGACAAACAAUGAAACGUUCACCAACACGUAUGGAUACAAUAACAUCAACAAAUGGUUCAUUAUCAACAUUAAGACGAUCACCACCAACUAAAAUUCAAAAUGUUCGUUUUGAUCCAUCAUCAACACCACGUUCAUAUUUAGAUGAAGCGCGCGAACGUUUAGCUGGUAAAAAACGUGGACGAUCACCACAAGCAUUUCAACAAUCUGUUGAUCGUCUUGUUUCAUCAACAAAUCAAAAAUAUCUUCAACAACAAAUUCUUUCACCACCAAUAUCAUUUCAACAACAAGAUUAUUAUAUUAGUCAAUAUUAUGCACAAGAAGAACCACCUAUUGAUUAUCCAAUGGAUAGUGAUGAUGAUGAACCACAAAAACGUUCAUUAAUAUAUCAUCGUGGUUUAAAUACAAAUCGUACACAUACACAAAUUAUGAAAAAUGUUAAUAAAAGUUUAAUUGAUGGUAAUUAUACAGCUGAUAUGAAUCGUAUUAAACAAUUAGAUCAAAAUUUUCAUCGUUAUUUACGUUCACUUGAAAAUCAAUCAUUACAACGUGAAUUAAAUUAUGAUCUAAUACGUUGUUUUUCAUCAACAUAUUUAGAUGAUUUAAGACGAGAAGAAAAUCGACAUUUUCAAACACGUUCUAAUAUGCGUUCAUAUACAUAUGAAGAUAUACAAGAUAUUCAUAUGUCACCAACAUUAGAAGCAUAUAAAAUGAAACGAGCUAUUGACAGAGAAAGACGUCUACGAUUAAGUACAAGUUUUGAUGGACAAAUAACAUCAUCAACACCAACAUCAUCAAUUGGUGCUGGACUUUUAUCACCAUUAUUAUCAUCAUAUAGUCCAAUUAUGAUGGGAAGUUUAAAUGAAAAUAUGGACGCACAAUCAGGCGGUUUUGAGACUGAUCGUCGAUCACAAAAAUCGCAUACUUCAACUGCACAAACUCCAAUACCUCCUCGUCCAGGUUAUGUUGCACCUGGUGCAAAUGUUGAUUUAUUUUAUGAAAUAAUGCAAGAUCGUUUUCGUGGUGUUGAUGCAUCAAUUGCUGGUCAAGUAUCAAAUGCAUCACAAUAUACAAAACAAAAACUUCAUCAUCAACCAAUAACAAUAUCACAAAUAAAACCUGUUGAUCAUGAUAGUGAUGUUGAUAUUAGAUCAAAUUCAUCAUUUUGGUCAGAUGAAGAAGAAGAAGAACAAAUUAUAGAUGAUAAUCAACGUAAAACAAUACCAAAUCAAAAACAAUUAGCACGUUAUUUAUCAACUGUUAAUCGUUCAUUACUUGAUCGUCCAAGUCAUCUUAUUGCUGAUUUUUAUAUAUCAAAAUUAAAUCGUAGUAUGAAAGAAAGUGUACGAAAUGUUGAAACAAUUGCACGUGAUAAAGCACUUAUGAGACAAUAUCGUAAUAGAGAAUUUAUUGAUGAAACAACUAGUAAAUUAGGUCGUAGUUUAUCUGCUGAACAUUUAUACCAAGUACGAAAAGAACAUUUACGUUAUAGACAACCAUUUACAACGCCAACAUCAUUUACAGUUGAAGAUGUUGCUGAUAUUUAUAAACCAUUUGUUUUGGAAAAUUAUAAACGCAAAAUUGCUAUUGAACUUGAAAGACGUCGACGAGAAAAACAAGGACAAUUAAUGGCUGGUAUUGGCAGUCCACCGAUGUACACAUCUGAAACAACUUUUAGUAAUGCUGCACUCAAAGCUACUCAACCACCAAUAAUUGAAGUUCCUAUAAUUCCAAUCGUUGAUCGUCAACAUCGUCCAAUAAAAUUAACUUCUACAAGUACUCUCCGUAUAAAUGAACCAAUCGAUAAUGAAUUAAUUGUUGUUCGACCACAAGUUGUUCAAACGCAAAAAAUUCACACAAGUCGUGCACGUCGAACAUUAACUGAUGAUGGUAGUGCUGAUGUUGUUCAUCAUGUUGGUAUUAUUGCACCACCACCAUCCUAUACAACUGCUAAACAACGUUUAACACCAAAACCAACAACUAUAACAACAAAGAUAACAGAACAAUAUGAAAGUCGUCAUAUAUUAACUGUUCCUCCUCCAGAUUUUGCUGAUCGUACACGUGUUUAUGUUCGAAAAGAUCGAGCACAAAGUAAUGUUGUUCAACCAACUUCAGAUGAUCUUAUUGAAGGUGCAUUAAGUACUUCACAACAAAUACUUUUCAAAGAUCUCGAUUAUGAUCCAAAUCUACAAAGAGCAGUUCAGAUCAUUACACCAGCACAAGCUACAAUAGUAUCACCUCGUUCUCCAACUAAAAUUUAUACACCAUCAUCAAAUAUUGAAAAAAUUCCAAUAUUUCAUGCUGAUCGUGUUGAAAGUGCAUCAGGAAAUCAUGAUUUAUCUAUGGUUAAUAUAAAACAUGUAUUAACAUUAAAUCAAGGUGAAAUAAAUGAAUUAACUUUAUUAGCACAACAAGCUCAACGUCUUCAAAUACCUCCAAAUGAUUAUGAUCAUGCUAUGAUUAUUCUUACACCUGAACAAACUCAACAUCAACAUAGUAUUAGUCCUCGACCACUUUUAUUAGCUGCUGCUAAUAUAGAUCAAUUAAGUGAUCAACAAAAUGAACAAGUAACACGUCGUAUUGAUGAAGAAAUUCAACGUCAACGUACACAAUUAAUAGCUCCAAUAGCUGAACAUAUGGCAAAAGUUGAACAAGAUAUACCAGUAUUUGAAAAUAUUUCAAUAGCAAAUAUACAUCAAUAUUCUCGAAAUAAAUUAAAUGAAAUAGCAGUUGAUAGUGGUAUUGUUUCAUUAAAUACAUCACAAGCAAGUGAACAACCAUUAAUAUUAAAUGCAUCAAAAAUGAAUCGAUUAGAUCAAUAUGAUGAAGAACAUUUAGAAAAUAUACAUGAAGAUGAUUAUUAUCGAAGACGUAUACGUGCAUUAGAUCUUUUACGUCAAGUUGAAAUCGAUCCUAAUUCAAAUAUUCGACCUGUUCAUGCUGAUCACCUUAAUAUAUUUGAAAAUAUAACAAAUAUACCAUCAUCAAUAUUUACAACAGAACAAACAAAAAUUAUUGAUCCUGAACAAAUUGAUCAAAUUCAAACAUUACAACAUACAGAUGAACCAGUUAUAUAUGAAACAUUAGAUCAAAAUUUAAUUGAUAGAACACCUAAUAUAGAAUAUUUAAGUAGUUCACAUGUUGAACAAGAUAAUCAACUAACAAAUCGAUCAAAAGAAAAUUUAAUUAAUUGGGGAAAUAUAAUUCCUAUUAAACAACAUCGAUCAAUAGAAAAACGAUUAUCUGAUACAAUUUAUGAACAAACAAAACCUUUUAUUCAAAGUCAAUUAGAUCAAAAAGAAAAUCUUCAAUCUAAACAAGAACCUAUUCAACAUUUAGAAACAAUUAAACUGAAAAAAGAUAUUAUUUAUAAUUAUGGUGAAAGAAAUGAAAUUCCAUUAUCUCGAACAUCAUCAUUUGGUUCUGAUAAAGAUUUAAAAAUACAAUCACAUGAUUCAGCUGCAAUUAAAUAUGAUCAUCAUCAUAUUGUACCUCUCGACGGUAUAACACAACCAUUAUAUCAUCAUCCACCCGUACAAACACAUCAUGAUCAAGAACAUAUAUCUGUGGAUAUUGAUGAAGAACCAAUGGCUGUACAACUCGAAACAUCUUGGGUAACUGAUGUUUCACAUGGACGUGCAUCAUUUAUUGAUUCUGUUCAAACAUUAAACGCUCCUAAAACGCUUACUGAGCCAAAUCUCCAAGCUUUGCUGCUCGAAGAGCUGGCUACUGCUACUACUGCUCUACAUGAACAGCGUGCUACACCGAUAAUUCAAAGUGAUGAUCGUGAAAAAAUUUUUCAAAAAAUUGAAGAAAAUAAUCGUAUACCCGUUAUUGUUUAUGAUACUGAUUGGAAAGAUGAAAAUACUAAACCUAUUUCAAAUGAAAUUCAAUCUAAUAUACAAAAUGCACAAGAACAAUAUUCAACAACACAUAAAUAUGAACAAGCUAAAAUAACAAAACCAAAAUCUAUAUUAUCACGUGAACGUUAUGAACAUAUUGAAAAUAAUAAUCAAGAAAUCAUACAACAAAUUGGAAUAAAACCUAUUCCACGUGAUCGUUCUAUUGAACGAAUUGAAUCAAAAAAUAAAUUUGAAUAUUCAAAAAAACAAGAUCAAAAAAUUUUAUGUCGUCCUAUAGAUAAUCAUCUAGAUAUUCAUGAUGAACAAAUAUCAUCAUUAUCAGAUGAUUCAUUUCUUACACAAUAUCAACAAAAAUCACAUAUAGAUAUUGAUGAACCAAUUAUUUUAGAAAAACCUCUUCAUUCGACAUCUUUUCUAACACUAAAUUAUCCAUAUCAGAAUCAAGAAUUAAAUCGACCAUGGCAACGAGUAUUUGAUCAACAAUUUUCUGAUCAAUAUCAACAUUUACAACAACAACUUCGAAUUCACACAGAACAACCAUUACAAUUAUCUGAUCGUUCACUUCUUACAUAUCAUCAACCAAAAUCAAUUCUUUUAGAAAAAUCAUUACAUUCUAUACCUCUAAAUUAUGCUCAAUAUAAUCAAGAAUUAGAUCCAUCAUGGCAACAAGUUGUUGAUCGAAAUUUUUUUGAUUCAUAUGAAAAUUUACCACAACAUUUACAAAUUCAAACUGAAAAGCCAUCGAAAUUAUCCGAUAGUUCACUUGUUACACGACAUCAACCAGAAUCAAAUAUAUAUGUCGCCGAGCCAAUUAUACCUGAAGCUUCUUUUUGUUCUACUGCUUUUUUAACACUAAAUUAUGCACAUCAUAAUCAAGAACAAAGUUCUUCAUGGGAACAAGUUGUUGAUCGACAAUUUUCUAAUCAAUAUCAACAUUUACAACAACAUGUUCGAUAUCAAUCUGAUCAACCAUCACCACGAUAUUUACCAUUAAUAACACCAGCAGCUAAUGAACGUAUAAUAAAAGAAUCUGAUAAUUAUGUUAGCGAAUUUCAUCAAGUACCUUUAUUACAUGAAAAUAUUCGUCUAAAACAAUGUGAUAAAAUUUCUCUUUUACCUUCAACACAAAUCAAUCAAUCAAGACCAAUCUAUCGUGUACGACAAAAACAAAUAUCAACAAAUGAUGAAUAUGAUUAUUCAGUCAUAUCAUCAAUUCAUUCAAAUCGUAUCGAUCGAAUAGAUACAAUUUCAUAUGAACCAAUGUAUUUUGAAAAACGACCAGUUAUGAUUGAUAUUGAAGUUCGUGUACGACCAAAAUAUUCUGAAACAUCAUCAAUAUAUGAUAUGGAAUCAUUUUUAAAUCGUUUUGAAGAAAGUCUUGAACCUGAACAACAUUUACCAUUAGUUGAUCAAAUAUCUCUAUCAUAUGCAACAUCAAUACGAUCAAUGCAUGAUAGUACACAACGUGCUAUUGAACGAUAUGAAAAAAAAUAUCCAUUUUUUAAUCGUUCAUUACCUAUUGAAUGGUUACAACCAACAAUAUUACCACAUGAUGAACAAUUUGUUGAACAAUUAAUUGUAGAAAAAAGUCUUGAAACUAUGCAACAACAAAAACAACAACAGGUAGAGUUGAAAACUAAUAUUGAGUGUUUGGAUUUUGUUGUUGCUGCUGCUGCUGCUACUGCUAAUGAUGCUUAUUCUAUUGAUGAGAGGUUCGAAGAUGAGAUAUCAAAUAGUUUAAAUAUAAAAAAUAUCAAUAAUGAACAAGAUAAUAAUUCUAUAGCUGUAGCUAUGGUUGUUAGUCAUUGUUCACCAACAAGUGACUAUGAAACAGAUUCACUUGAUAAAGAUAAUGAUACAAUUUCUACGGCGGCUAGUAUUGGUGCUUGUCAUAUUCAUACAACUACACCAAUAAUGACAACAACAACAACAAUUUUACCAUCACUAUCAUCAGAAACACUAUCUAAUAUACCUGUUGAUUAUUUACUUGAUACAUUAGUAAAUGAAAAAAAAUCUCCAAAUAAUCGUACAAAAGAUUUUUUAUUAACAAUUGAUUUUGAUCAAUAUAAAGAUAAUCAUAUACAUCAUGCAAAAGUAAAUGAACUCGAACAAGAUACUACUACUACUACUACUAAUAAUAAUAAUAAUAUAUUAUUAUAUAAUUUUAAUGACUAUCAACAAGAAUUUUUAAAUAUUUUUUUUGAACCUGAAUAUUUUCAUUUACCUAUUAUUAAUGAAAUAAUAAUCUAUCAAAUAAAUUUUCAUAAUCAAUAUUCAAAUUUUUUAUUACCAAUUAUUCAUUAUGAUGAUAAUAUAUUAUCAUCAAAUGAAUAUAAAAUAACAAAUGAACAAGAAAUUUUUUCAAUUGCACAAAUCAAUUAUCAAUACGAUUAUGAAGAAAAAGAAGAAAAUCUUAAAAAUAUAUCAUAUAAAUAUGAACAACUAUCUUAUAUCGAACAUUAUUAUAUUCAAUCAUUAAAUCCAUUUUCUGAAACACUUUAUGUUAAUAUUAUUGAACCACCAAUAAUCAUGGAAAAUGAAGAUGAUCAUUCGACAUCAAGUAUUUUACCUGAUCUUAUUCCAUCAUCAUCAUCAACAACAACAACAACAACAACAAUAAUAAAACAAAAUGAGGAAUAUAUUGAACAUGGACCGAAAGAAGUAAAUAUUUUACCAACAAGUCCAUCAAUUCAACCAACACCAUUACAUCCAUCAUUUGAUUCACCUGAUAGAGCUCGACAAACUAUACAAACCAAUGAUUUAGAACACUUACCCGAACAGGAAUAUAUCACAAUACGUUCAGCCACGCCUACGCCAUCUAUGCGUAUAGUUCGUCCAUCACGUCCCGGUCCUUUUAUUGAACAACCAAGAAUGACCGAAACGAUUGACUUUCAAACUGAUCAAUCUACGAGAAUUCCUUAUACACGUGAAACACAUAAUCUUCAUUAUGCAGCAACAACAUUACGAGAUCAAUCAGAUCAUUUACCACCAAAACAUUUACCUGUUGCACAUAUACCUGAUUUUGAACGUGCACGUAUAGUAUCAAGUUCAACUGUACCAUUUGAUAAUCUUAAUAAAACAGAAGUUCUUGUACGUGAUACAAUUGUUCAACAUGUAAGUGAAGAUGAAAAAUCGACAUCAAGUGAAGAAGUUAUUUUUGAAGAAUGGAGUGAAGAAUAUCGUUGUCGUCGUAUAGAUGAAUAUGAUAAAAAAACAAAUCAAUUAUUACGUUCAACUAUUGAUCAAACAGGUGAUCGUGUUAAAAGUGAUGUUAUUAAAGAAGAAUAUAAAGAAAAGAAUGAACGUAUUAAAGGACAUAAAAGUUAUGAUGUUAUUAAAGAAGUUUAUAGACGUGUACCAGCUCAUACAAUUGAUCCAACAAAAACAACAAUUGUUUCUAUUGAAUGUUCACAAAGUCCUGUUUAUGAGGAAAUAUCAUCACAACCACCACCAUCUUCAACAAUACGAACAACAACAUCAUCAUCACCUGGUCGUCAAAUAAUUUCUGAAAUUACACCACAAGAUCGUCAUUGGUCUUCAGAAGAUCUUUAUACAACAGAAAUAGUUUAUGAUUCAAAACUUGCUCGUGAUAUUGAAUCAAUAGCAAAUGCUGAACGUUUUAAUACAAAAUUUGAUUCAACAACUCCACCAUCAUCGUCAACAGCAACAAUUUAUGAUCGUGUACGUCCAGGUCAAUAUAUACCAAUACCAUCAACAAGUCAAACAAUAACAUCAAGAGUACCAUCAUCAACUUAUGAUCAUAUAACAAAUAUAGUAACACCAUCAACAUAUAUAUCUGAUCGUCGACAACAACAACAACAACAACAACAACAUGAAGGAACAGUUAGUGAAGAAUAUCAUGUUGAAGUUAAACAACAACAACAACAAUAUGCUGAUCGUCAUAUACCAUCAAAUCAAUAUCAAACAUCAAUAAUUAGUCCACAACAACAACGACAUGAAUUAUCAGAAGAUGAUAUUUCAGAUCAAUAUGGUACAACUGGUGAUCGUUCAUAUUAUGAUUUAUCAACAAUAAUUACUGAAGCUGGACAAAAACGAGAUUCAGAUUGGAGAAGUAAACUUAAACAAAUUUAUACAGCAACAUCAGAUGAUGAUCAAUUCGAUCAGUUUGGAAAAUCAAUAGAUGGUAAUUAUACAGCACAACGAGUAACUAUUGUACCAACAAAUAUUCAACAACAAUUUAAAGAUACUUCAAUAAAUCUAUCUGGAUAUGAUAAAACAUUAUUCGAACAAAACAAAUUAAAAACAUCUCCCCCACUACGACAUGCAGUCAAAGAAAUACUUGUUUGUGUAUCUCGAGAAUCAUCACCAGAUAAACAGUUUCAUCAACAAAUUUAUCAUCUUCAUUCAUCAUCAGAUGAAGAUGAACAGAAAAAUAAAAGAUUGGUACUAGUUGAUGGUAUUCGAUCACGUGAAACAAUUAAAAAAAUUACUUCAACAUCACGUACAGAUGAUGAUCGUCCACAACCACCAAAACGAUCAUCAUCAUCAUCAUCAAUUAUUGAUGAACGUCGAUCAAGAUUUGAACAACAACGAUUUGAUAGUACAAAUGAUUUAGUAGUAAAUAGAACUGAUCGACCAACAUAUAGUCGUGUUGGAGUAUUAAGAAAUACAUUUGAAUCACCAACAAAUGGAAAUAUAAAAGAUGAUUUAUCAAAAUUUAAAACACCGGUAUCAACUAGUUUCACUGAACAACGACGACGAGUAUUUGAAGAACAAGAUCAAAUCAAUAAAGGAUGGGCAUCAACAGAUCGUCGAUCGAUUGAUGACUUUGACUCAAAUGAACGUCGUGUAAGUGAAACAUAUACAGCUCCAUCACGUGUUACAGAACAUAUAUCACGUAUUGAAAGUACUGAUUCAAAAUCAACAUCUCGUAUACAAUCAACAGAUCGUCUUAGUAGUACAGGAUUUGAUACAAUGAAAUCAUCAUUAGAACCAUCAAUGAUAAAAACAACUGAACGAUUAACAGUACCACAAACAUCAACAGAUUUAAUAAUAAAAGAUAAACGAAUAAUAUCAUCAAUUGAUUCUGAUGUAAGUGGUGCAUCACCACCUAUUUAUCAAAGUACACCAAAAUCAAUAAAACAAAAACUUGAUGAAGAUGCUGGUCAUGAAAGUGAAGAUGAAUUAAGUGAUCCAACAAAUAGACAACAACAACAAUAUGAUAUACGACGACGUACACCGAAAACACGUUUAAGAGAUUUUUCACAAAGUACAACACAACCAUUCGAUGAUAUAACAUAUAUUAGUCAACGAACAAAAUCAGCAUUUAAUGAAACAAAUAUGGAAAAUAUUCUUUCACAUGUACCAACAAGUAAAGGUAAAGGUCUUUUAAUCGAACUUUCUCCACAUAUAUCUCAUGAAGUUCCAAUAACAAGCACAACAACAACAAAACCAAUACGUGAUCCACAGAAAUAUAUUAUGGGUUCAGAUUCAGGUAUAUUUGAAUAUUCAACAGCUACAAGUCAACGUUUACCAACAAGUUCAUCAUCAUGGCGUAAUAAUGCAACAUCAUCAAUUAUUGAUGAUGUUAAUCGUACACAAACAACACGUGAUAGUGGUAUUUAUGGUGAUUCAAUAUCAGGAACAUUAAGUUCACGUUAUGGUCGACGACAAACUUCUGAUACAGAUCAAACAACAAUUCAUGGUGGAGAUGAUUCAGUAUCACGAUCAACAUAUAAAUAUGAUACAGAAAUUAUUUCUAAUGAUCAAUUUAAUCAACAAAAACAACAACAACAACAACAACAACAACGUAAUAUUCGACGUCAAGUAACAAGUACACCACCAUCAGAUUAUGAAAAUAUUGCUAAUUAUCAUAGUGGACAACGAAAAAUUCCAAUAACAACACAAACACGUACAAUUAUGACAAAACCAUUAGUUGUUGAUGAAAUUGAAACAAUUGAAACUGAAACACGUGUUGAAUGUCAAGUACAACGUACACAUGAAAUAAAAGAAUCAACAACUAAAACUGAACAAACAGGUAAUUCAAAUACACCAAAAAAAAUUAUUACAACAACAACAACAACGACAACGACAACAGGUGCUCCAAUAGUACGUUCACCUGAAUAUUCAUCUGAUGAAGCAUCACGUACAAUAGCACCAUCAAAACGAAUUUUAUUAAAUGACCGUACAUAUUAUUAUGAUUCAACAAAAUCUAAUGCUUCACCACCUGAAUCAACAUAUACACCAACAACUGAAAUUCGUCAACAAACACAAAUAUAUCGUGAGAAUGGUAUUCAUCAACAUCGUUAUGAUUCUCCACAAUCCGAUAGUAUAUCAUAUCCAAUACCACCACCACCACCAUUAGCAACAACAACAACGACAACAACAACAUUAAUACAAGAAGAAGAACCCGUACGUAUUGAAGAAACAUGGUUUAAACCAAUACAACGUGAUCGUUCACAAGAUAGUUUAUUACAAGGUUCAUCGUCACGUUCAAAUAUUCGUACAUUAAGUUCUGGUCCACCACGUACAAUGGAAAUAACAUCAUUAAGUCCACAAAAUCAAGUUACAUUUGGUAAAUAUACACCAAAUGAAAUAAUUGCUAUUGUUCGUGUACCAGAAUUAUCUCAUGGUGUUGGUAUGAAACCAAGUCCUUCAACAAUAAAACAUGGAACAAGUGAACCUGAACUUAAUGCACGAAUAAGACAAGAAGAAGAACAACAACAACGUUCAAAAUUACAUUAUGAACGUAUUCAUGCAUCAAGUUAUCGUCCAUCAACAAUAAAUCAAGAUUAUCAACAAAGACAAAGUCGAUCACGAAUAAGUCCGUACGAUACUACAAAUGAAUAUUCUUCUUCAUUAGGUGCUCAUGCACGUUCAUCAUCAUAUCAUUCAAUUUUACACGAACAAGAUCGACAACAGCAACUAGACCAAGAUCAAUAUUCAACUUCUCCCUAUACACAAUCAGCAUAUCGUCGACAAAUAAAACGCCGUACAGGUAGUCUUGGUAAUCUACUCGGUCCGAGUAUAGAAUUUGAAAUUGAAAUUGAAAAACGUCCACCACAAUCACCUGAACAACCAACCGUUGUUGAACUUGAUCAAUCAACACGUGCUAUUGUAACAACAUCAAAAGAUGGUCGAGUUUCAAUUCAAAAUGUAUCUGCACGUCCAGGAAAUACUGUUGUUAUUAAUAGUGAUUUUCAUUCAUCAGAUCGUUCAUUAAAUCGUUCAUCGGGUUAUUUCAGUGCUGAUGAAUUACGUUCACAAGGUCUUAAUACAAAUUAUUCAAGUGAUGAACAAUCAAGUGGUGCUACGGGUAUGAAUAUAAAUCAAAAUUCUCAAUCAUCAAACACACCAUCAACACACACAAGACGUUAUAAAAACAAUGAACAAAUUACAACCAAACUUCCAUCACAUUAUCGUACAAGACAACAAAAUAAUUAUCAACAAUUAAAUAGUGAUAAUUUUGAUAAGCUUAAUCAAAUUGUUCAUCGUUAUUAUCGACAAUCAACUAAUAUAAAUCCAAAUAAUAAUAAAACUGGUUUUAAUGAAACUAUUGAUCAAAUUGAUGCACUUUAUAAUAAUCUUGAUAUUCACACAAAUGAUAAUUAUAUUCAUGAUAAUAAGAAUCCUACAACAGCAUAUGAUUUUUCAAAAUCAAGAGCAAAUCGUCGUCAAAAUUUAUCACAAAAUUCAAAUGAAUAUUCAAUGCGUUAUUCAUCAACAGGUUUUCCAUAUAUAUCAAAUCAUGAAAAUACAACAACAACAAAUUCAAAUUUACGUCAUCUUGUAUCACCACCUGUUAUAUCAAAUAAUGAUAAACGACAUAAUGAUACAAAUCGUGCAUAUAGUGAUAAUGAAAAUUUAAAUAAUAAUAAUGAACAUAAUCGUAAUUGGGGUUCAACAUCAUUGAAUGAUCUUGUUAUGGCAACACCAAAUCGUCCAUCACAAUCAUUAUCAUCAUCAGGUAUAUUAGCUGAUUAUGCAACACCAGGUUCAAUAAGUCCAAGUUCAGGUUUUGGUUCAACACAAAAUGUUAUUUUACAACAAAAUCGUUUAAAUUCACAAGCACAAAUUGUUCAACGUAAUCGAACAUCCGUUAAACAAGUUAAACAAAAAAGUGCUGCAAAGAAAAAAAUUGGAAAUAUCCAGGGGCAAUAUAGUGAUGAAGAAGAUGAUAAUGAUUCAGCUGGUGGUCAUGAUUCACCACUAUCGGAUAAUGGCCGUCCACAACCACCAACACGAUUUUCAACUCGUUAUCAAUAA